UACUGUUCGUGAAUAUCAAUGGCGGGAGAUGGAUUUUGUUUUUAUUAUUUAUAAUCUUUUUUUUUUAUUUAAAUAAAUAAAGAUAAAAAAAUAUAAAGAAGAUUGUGUGCUAAAUUGAAAGAUAGUUUUGACUUCAAGAUGUGGUUUUUAAAGGGACCUAAAGGUGAAAUAAUUUAUCUGAAACGCAACUCCUCAAUAAAUGUGGGAAGAAUUCAAGGCGAUAUUGUUUUGAGAGAUGAUAAAUCUAUCAGUAGAAAUCAUGCUUCAGUUUCAGUUGAACCGAAGAAUUACAAAAACAAAUCGUUGUGUUUUGUCAAGGAUAUUGGCUCAAAAUAUGGAAGUACAAUUAUGAGAGGAAGUGAAACAAUAAAAAUAACAAAGGAAGGAAUAGAAGUUCAUCAUAAGGAUAAAAUUAAAUUUGGAUUGCAAAACAAUGAUUACGUAGCUUUCUACAUUCCUACAGUAGUAUUGGUUUCUUCUAUGAAUGAUACUAAAUAUUUGCAGUCAUUAAUUAACGAGCUUGAUGGAUACAUCGUUCUCGAAUGGUCAAAUGAUGUAACUCAUCUCACAACUAUAAAGGCAAAAUUGGGAGAAAAGAUAGCAACUGCUCUUGUCAAUUGUGUUCCAAUUGUUGGAAUAGAAUAUUGGGAAGCUGUUAAGCUUGCAGUUAAGAAUAAUCAAGAUUUACCCAAAUUUUCUGAUUAUAUUCUUCCAAUUUCAGAGGAUAUAAUAGACAAUACAAAAGUGUCUCUAUCGCCAAAUAUCAUUCGAAAAUCAUUAUUUAGUGGUUCAUCAUUUUUAUUUUUCAGCUAUUCACAGCUUAAUAUUUACAAGAAGAUCAUUAAUGACGCAGGUGGAAAAACUAUAAUGUUCAAGAAAUCAAUUCACUCUGAUUUAAAGCAAUUUUGCUCGGAUAAUUUUAUUGUUGUCUAUUAUAUGAUUGGUUCUAGUCAAACGGAAGAGAGUAUUCUCGAUACGCAGAGAACAAAAACAGCUUACGAGGAAAUUGAUGAACUAUUACGAAAAUCAAAGCGUCGAAUGAUUUCCGAUUCAGAAAUAAUGUUGGCAAUUUUACAUUGUUCUUUGGAUAAAUAUUGUAACACAAAACAUAAUUAUAAAGAAUUAUUGUUGAAACAAAAUAUUAAUGUUUCGAAAGAUGAUAGAAAAACUAUUUUUGCAUUAGACACUGAAGAAUUACAUUCAAAAACAUUGGAAUCACACAAUAAUGACAAUAUUGUGCCUGAGUCAAUUGAAAUAACAAGUCAAGAUACUCAAUGGAGUGUUAUUGGAAAUCCAAGUAAAAUUCCCCCUUCUUCAUUGGGAAUUUCGGCAAUUAGUACAAUUAAAGGUGAUAGUCAAGAAUCCACCGAAGAUAUUGGAAGUGAAUUGUCUAAACUCACUGUUGAUAAUAAACGUUCUGAAAAAAGAAGUUCAGAAUUUAUAAGUUCAACACCAGUGAAAAGGGCAAAAUUUAAUAAUGCAAGUUCUUUAUUUCCUGUUGUCUCAAAAAAAAGUUCACAAAAUAUUCUAAAUUCACAAGAUUUACUUAUUUCUCAAAUAUCUAAAAAUUCCCAAUCAAUAAAUAGAGACGAUUCUAUAAUUGUUGAUUACGUUAAAAAAUCAACUACUUCUUCUUAUUCUUCUCAAUCACAAAAUAAAUUUAACCAACCGUCAACAUCAAAUAAUAAUGAAAAACAAAAAGUUAAAUCAACAAAAAAUAUAUUUGACAAUUGGAUGGAAGAAAAACCAAAAUCAAAUAAAAUAGAAAUAAUCGAAGAUUUGGAUUCGCCAAAGAAAAAAACAACAACAAUUGAUAAACGUGAUUCAUCGUUAAAGGAAAAUAAAAUUCCACAAAAAAUAAGAACACAUUCUGAUUCAAUGGUGAAUGAUAAUUUUAUUGAUGACAAUGAACCACAAAUGAAAAAAAGAAGAAUAAAUACUAAUAAUAGUAGUAGCAGUUCAAGUUCAUUAGGAAUUAAUUCUGAAAGGAAUGAUAAAAGAAAACGAGACACUGGAAAUGAUUCAGAUAGCAAUCAAUUUGUUAUUGAAAAGAAACAAAAUCGUGAUGAUAAUGAGAAAAUAUUUCAAAUAGAAGUAGGGGAUAAUUUUAACAGUAACGAUGACGAUUGUCUUAUAGUCACGGGUUUAAUUCGUCAAGAAUUAAGUGAUCCUUCUCUAAACGAUACUUUUGGCCAGAAAAUAUUUAAUAAGGCUUAUAAUAAAAUUCCAAGAAUGAGAAUAACACUUGAUUCUAUGGUUUCUUAUGGAAUCGAGGUUGAAUAAUAAAGAUGUGUUUGAAUAUAAAAUUACUCUCAUAUCUUUUGUUAUUAUUUCAUAUUAAUUAUUAUUAUUAUUAUUAUCGCCUCAGUCGUGUUUAAUUAUUUAAUGAUUGUCAAAUUUGUUAGUUAUCGGUUUUCUUUGUCACGUUUAAACGUUCAUUUGCCGAUUGUCAAAUUGUAUUCUUGUAUGCGAGUAGAAUUUUGUCAUAAACAUGAAAUGAAAUAUUAUUUUUAUAAUAUGUAUGAGUUUUCAUUUUUGUUAAAAAAAAAAAAAAAAAAAAAAGUAAAUAAAUAUUCUAUUUGUAAUA